CCCUUGCAGCACUAUCGCUAGUCUUUUUUCGAACAUCGAUUGCAUCGCUUGUCGUGUGCAAUUUUCACUAUCAUUUUCUAUAGAGCUGAAAAUGAUUCCAAGGAUAGUUGUGGUUUUGUUAUCGGUACUAGCCGUUGUUACCGCCAGGCGAUCAUAUGAAGGAUACAAGGUGUACGGAAUUGUGCCAGAAUCGCCAGAUGAAGCUGAAAUUCUUUAUCAAAUUCGGCAGUCCAAUCCUGACUUGGAUUUCUGGCACCUAACCAAGCAGCCAGGCGAUGAAGCAAGAGUUCUUGUAGCUCCAAAGGACCAGCGAUCAUUUCUCAUCAAACUCAUCAGACAUGGUUUGCAUUACCAAGAAGUCAUCUCGGAUGUCGAAGGCACACUUGCUCCUUACAACGAACCUCGUACACGUGGCAUGAGCCUAGACAGAGACGUUUCAACGAGCUAUCUCAGACACAAUGAGAUUAAUGAAUAUUUACAGACGCUUUCUCAAAAGUACCCCUCUCUGGUAAGUGUUGAAGAAGCGGGAACUUCCUACGAGGGCCGUUCGAUCAAAACCAUCACAAUCAACAAAAAGCCUGGUAAUGCCGUAGUAUUUCUGGAUGCCGGCAUUCAUGCUCGCGAAUGGAUUGCUCCAGCCACAGCACUGUACGCAAUUGAACAACUUGUCGAACAUUCCAGUGAAAAUCAAGAAGUUCUAUCCAAUUUGACCUGGGUUAUUAUGCCCGUUGUGAACCCCGAUGGAUACGAAUUCUCUCAUGAAACGGAUCGCUUCUGGCGUAAGACACGCAAGCCCACAGGCAAAACCUGUAAGGGAACCGAUGGAAACCGAAACUUUGAUUACCACUGGGGAGAAGUAGGAGCCUCCACUCAAGCAUGUGCCGAUACCUUCCGCGGGGAAACGGCUUUCUCUGAACCAGAAACCCGAGCUGUGCGGGACGCUGUCAUGAAGUUGAAGGGAAGCUGCAAAUUCUACCUUUCGCUGCAUUCGUAUGGAAACUACAUACUUUAUCCAUGGGGAUGGACAAGCAAACUUCCGGAAACUUGGGAAGCUAUAGAUGAAGUUGCUCAGGCCGGAGCGGAGGCCAUCAAGCAGUCCACCGGAUCAAGGUACACUGUAGGUAGUUCAACCAAUGUGUUGUACGCUGCGGCUGGUGGAAGCGAUGACUGGGCAUUUGCCGUCGCUGAAGUACCAAUUUCGAUCACCAUGGAACUACCCGGUGGAGGUAACGGUGGAUUUAACCCUCCUCCGUCUUCGAUAGAGAAAAUCGUUAAUGAGAGCUGGGUGGGCAUCAAAGCAAUGGCAUUGAAGGUAGCGCAAAUGUUUUGAUUAAACAGAUCGAAAUCGACAUACA